AUGGGAAAAGAUCCAACACAACACGGACAAGCAAGCCAAGGAUGGCAAUUUUGGUCGAUUGGAGGUGAUGAUUCGGAACAACCGGCAAGUCAUGAAGUGAAAAAAGCACCGACGUAUCAAGUUGUCAACGACAAGAAACCAGUAAAACCGGCACGACAUGAUGCACCGACAAAGCUUCUGAAAUCUUCUACUAAUGAUACUAAUAGUACUAUUAUCAUGAAGAGAGACGGAUGGCAAUUUUGGGCCCUUGGGGAGCAGCCGACAAAUGAUGAACAGACAUCAAUUUCAGUUUCAGCCCCCAUUCACAAGGCUUCAUCAUCACAAGUAAUCGUUACGAGUGGCCCAAAGAAGGGUUGGAAAUUUUGGGCCAUUGGGGUUACCGACAGCCCCAAUAGUAUGAAUCCAAAUGAUCUUAUUCCUUCAGACAAUUUCAACAAUACGGACCAAGCUUCUGUAGCACUAAACGCAAAGGAUCCUGUAGACUCAAGAGCUGAAUGCGCUUGGCGGUAUUGGUCCCAAAUGCACCACCAAGAGGAGCUGAUAGCAUCACCGUCAGAUUUUGAUUGUCAGGAAGCUUGGCAGUUCUGGGCGAUUGGUGUAUCUGAUGCUUCAUCACAAGUGUCCCUGCUGACAGAAGCCUUUGAAAUGGACCCUCCCAUGGUGAAAGUUGUCAAGAUCAGGACACUGCAACCAAUCGAGCCGCGAAAUGAAAGCGGCUGGCGGUAUUGGUCUAGUAUGAAGAAAGAUGCGGCAAUAUUGAAAUCUAAAGAAAUUAAUACAAAACAAGGCUGGCGGUUCUGGGCGAUCGGAGAAGCAAAUCGGGCGGCCAUGAUGGAUCAGAAACAGCUGAUUGCUUCGGAACAUUUUGCAGUCGAACCUCCUAUUAUGAAACCAGUGGCACCAAAAAUGAGUUUAUCACAAGAUGAGAGCGGUUGGCGUUAUUGGUCUCGUGUACAGCAAACGGAAGAUGUGACCAAGGCAACGGCAACCAAUGCCGUUUCCAAAAAACAAGGGUGGCAAUUUUGGGCAAUUGGUUCCACGAAUCAUCAGUCUUCGUCGGCUCGAAAGAAGCACCAGCUUUCCUCCGGUUUGCAAAAGGACUCUUGGGUCAUCAAAACCAAGGAACGAAAUGAAAAGGAAGCAAGAGGUGAAAGUGAUUGGCAGUACUGGUCUAAACUCCUUACGGAAGACGCAGCAUUGACAUCCGCAAAUGUUGGCAAGAAACAAGGGUGGCAAUUUUGGGCUCUUGGGAGUUCCAACCAGGCUUCUGCAUAUCGCAAAACGGUUGUCUCCGAAGGAAGAGAUGUCGAAUUUCCUGCUAUCAUGAACAGUCGAAAUACUACCAUGGACCCAAUAGAGCAAGGAGGAUGGCGUUACUGGUCUCGGGUGAACGAGGACAGUCACGAAGAUCUGCAAAGGGAUGAUAUAAUGCCACUUUCACAUUUCCCUUUGUAUUCGCAAGGAGCAACAACGGCUGCGACUUUCUCUGCCAAUCCAAAGUUCUAUACAAUACAAAAGAAGUUGGAGAGAAUUGAUGAAGAGAAAGGGUCGAAGGACACUUUGUCCUGCGACGAAGAUUUGAAAAUUGAAGAUAGCGAAACGAGUCAAGCCAGACAGCCUUUGCACGCCGAUGGAGACAAUGCUAACGAUAGCAUACCACUGUCGAGUGUCACGGCUGCUGAAGCAACCAAGCUGACGACGAUACAAGAGACGAAAACAAUAACCAUGAAGAAAAAAGCUUCAAACGCCAUCCAGAACUUCAAAAAGUCUCUUCCAACCUUUGAAAAGCAAAAAGAAAAGUUGUUGUCAAUGGACAGCAAGCUCCGGCCAAACAAGAAGAAACAUACUCAUUCCGAACCACCAAUCAUUCCAAAACGAGGAAUCCUACCGAAAGAUUGGGUCCACAAGAGUCAAACGAGAACUCGAAAUAACCUUGCUUCCAUCAAAGAAAAGCAAGAGCGCUACAAACAAGAAGCCUCCCUCUUGUUUGCUCAAGCGGAGCAGAGAAAACAAGAAGAACGCCGUCUCAAUGAAGACAUGUCAGAUUGGAUUUUUGAAGACGCUGUGCUCCGUGGGAUUGCUGCAACAGUCACCAAUGCAGUGGAUGCCAUGGAAUAUGUGGUUUCCACCUUUCGCCAAACCAAGUCGACAAUGAAAGAAGAAGAAGAAGCGAUCCAAUUUUCCAAUCACAAAUAG